AUGGGAUUUGUCGCAAUGAUUGGUUGUAAUGAUUUUUUAGCAUGUUUUGUUGCUGGAACUUCUUUCACCUGGGAUGAUUGGUUUCGAACGGAAACAGAAGAAGCUCAUUUACAAGAAGUCAUUGAUAUGUUAUUAAAUUUAGCAGUAUUUGUAUUUAUUGGAUCAAUUAUUGAAUGGAGAUCAUUUCAUUUACAAAUACACAUUUGGAGAUUACUUGUACUUUCAUUAUCGGUAUUAUUAUUAAAGAGAAUGCCAAUAGUAUUUUUAUUUUCUAAAAUUAAAUUAUUACCAGCAGUUAAAACUUGGCGUGAAGCUUUAUUUACUGGAUGGUUUGGUCCCAUAGGUGUUGUAGAUAAAAAAACACCAAAUAAUACGGUUCUUCAUGAAGUUGCUCAACCAAUAUUUAGUUCUAUCUUGGUACAUGGAAUUACAGUUCCUUUGAUCAAGAUUUCAAAAAGAAUCAACACUCGAACCCUUACUAUAAGUUCAAUAAACAAUCAAGUUUCAAGAUUACAAAUAAUUAAAUUUGAAGAUAAUCAAGAAGAAGGAAGAGUAAGAAUUGAUAUAACAAAUCCCGAAGAUAGAAAUUCUCAAGAAAUUGAUAUCACUGAACCAACAUCAUCAUCAUCGACUUCACAACCACCAAUUAAAAGAGGAUCAAUGAGUUCAAAGUAUGCAAUUUGGGAUGAAGGAGAUAAUUAUAUUAUUGAAAAUUAUGAAGGUGAAGAUAUUAGAGUUGUACCUUCAUCAGAUACUUGGAGAACAUUUCCACAUUUUAAAAUGUUAAAGAAUCUCCUGGAAAAAAUUAAAGAAGUUUUUGUUUAUUCUCCCGCUCGGCAACAAAAUAAUGAACAAGAGUUUGUGGAAUCACGACUUCAACAACUUACUUCAUAUAUUGAAACAAAUAGAAAUGCAAAUUAUUUUGGUCCAUUAUUAGAAAACUUAAUUACAAGUUUAAAAUUUAAUGUAGAAGAAUUUUAUAUUAUUUUUAGAGAAGCUUUUGAAGUAGCUUGUCAAAAAUUUAAAGUACACAUUUCUAAUCAUCCAUCCCAUUUACUUUUUCAUGCAAGUCAAGUUUUUGAUCCAAAAUAUAUUCAUAUAGGAGAUAUUUUACAAAAGGAUAUUAUAAGAUAUAAUAUUAUUAAAGAAUUUGAUAAUCCAUCAGAUGAUGUUCGUCAAAAUUUAUCUUUGGAUUCUCUUAAAAGAUUAAAUAUGUUAUAUUUAAAUGACUUUUAA